UUGAGCUAGCUCGCUGCGUGAGAAGAGCCACGCAUGAAUGUAUUGUUAAUCGGUGCCACGCUGUUUCUCUUCUGUCAAAAAUGUCCGAAUGCGGUUAACGACGGGCAAGAUAAUUAAUGGUACUGUCGUUUAUUUUGUCUUUAGCCUGAGCAAGUUACUAGCAUUAGCAUGUUUACUGACGAGUCUCUGGAUCCAGUGAGUGUCCAAUCUCUGUGGAGGAUUUCUCAGCAGUCUGUGCAGGAGUCGAGAGGCUGUCAGACACGAGCGCUGCUCAGUGCUGACGCUGAGGUCCAGACUGUGUCAGCCUCCAUCAGCUGGACCCAGACGGAGCCACAGCAGCAGGACACAGAGCAGCUCCUCCAGCAAAACCACGACAAGCCGGAGCCGCCCGGCCUGAAAGACUUCAUCCUGCGGGUUGAGGACAUGGUCAUCAGAGAGCUGGUGAAAAAUGCCAGGAGUCACGCCUUCGAUGAGUUCCAGGUGAACUGGGAAGAUCACAGUCAGCUGGUGUCUUGCCUGCACUGUCUCCAACAUCCCAGCGCACAGGACAGAGGUCUUCAUGUGACCGCUGUGUCCUGGAGCUGCACAGGUUCAGUUAUUGCCUGUGCCUAUGGACGGAUUGAUGAUGGGGACUGGAGCACCGAGAGGUCAUGUGUUUGUACGUGGAACCUGGACCGCCGAGGCCUGAACCCCAAACAGGCUGAUCUGGUCAUUGAUGUUCCCACCGCAGUCAGCGCCCUGUGCUGUCACCCCGAGCAGCCCGCCCUCAUCGCAGGGGGUCUGUACAGCGGAGAGGUGGUGGUCUGGGACACAAGUCGGACUCAGGACCCUGUGCUGGUCCAAACAGGGAUGUCAGCAGACAGCCACAGAGAGCCUGUUUACCAGGUUGCCUGGGUGCCCCUGCAGAAGAAAGGAGAGUUUGGGGUGCUCAGUGCUGGUUCAGGAGGACGGCUGCUGUUGUGGACGGUGGACUCCGAUCAGGGCAGGUUUGUCCUGAAUGCGGCCUACGCCUUAGUCCAGCAGCAGGUUCCCCACAGCAGUUACAGCAGCUACAAGGCCCGAGGCAGCAGCACUGUGGGUGUCACCUCCCUGGCUCUGUCUCCCUGGGACUCUGACACCUUCCUGGUGGGCUCUGAGGGCGGCCUGUUGCUCCGCUGCUCCUUCUCCUCCCAGACACCGGCUGUCGUGUCCUCCGAAGGCCACAGUUUGACGCUGAGAGCCCCGGCCGUCUUCUCAUUCAGGCCCCGCAGCGGCCCCGUCCACUCCAUACACUGCUCCCCUUUCCACAGGAACCUGUUUGUGAGCGCAGGGACUGACGGUCUGGUCCACCUGCACUCUCUGCUGCAGACCAACCCGCUGCUGUCCCUCAGGGUGGCAGACUCCUACGUCUUUCAGGUGCAGUGGUCUCCAAGCAGACCGCUGGUUUUUGCAGCAGCCACCGGACAAGGCGCGGUGCAGAUAUUCGACCUGGGCCGCAGGUCUCUGAGGCCGGCAGCUACCAUCGAGCAGGGAGCUGCGGACCAAGUUGCAACAUGUUUGUCCUUCAACCGUCAGAACCCUCACCUGCUGGCGGUGGGGAGGACAGACGGGACGGUUGGCGUGUGGCAGCUGAGCCACGAUCUGACGGAGCAGAGCCCCAGAGAGAGCAGCCAGCUGGAGCAGAUAGCCAAUCAGGUGUCAGAAUGAGACAGGUUAACCUUGGGUGAUUAAACACUGCUGCACUGGACUGCUUUAUGUUAGCCGUGUUUUGUAAGAUUACAGGUGGAUUUUUUCCGUUAUUGUUUUUUUUCCUUCACUGGUAUUUAAUCUGGUUAUGUUUUAAAAGGUGUUUUAGACCCAGUUUCUCAUGAAUCUUUGUUCUGCCUCUAACUUCACAUAUUUUUGAAAGCAGUGGCUGUAGUGAUAUAUGGGAUGAUGUGUUUUGAUAAAAGAAAUUCAUUAUUUAAGAUAAAUAUUUGAUAUUUUA